CCUCCCCCGCCUGAGGCCGCCCCCGGCUGCGCCGCGUUGCGCUGCGCCCAGCUGCCGGCUCUGCUUCGCCGCAGCCUUUCCCGCUGCAGCCACCCCUCCAGCGGCUGCGCUCGGCUGCGUUCCGGCCGGCGGGACGGUCUCCUCCGGGCCCCGAGUGCCGCGCUGCGGACGCGAGCGCGGCCAGCCUGGGCCCCCGGGCAGCAUGGCCCCCAGUCGGAGAGAAGCCGGCUCCGCGCGCCUCUGGCGGGCGCUGGCGCUGGUGCUUUCCCUGGCAAGCGCCGUGAGCUGGACCCCAGCCUCAGCCUGCCCCACCAAGUGUACCUGUUCGGCCGCUAGCGUGGACUGCCACGGGCUGGGCCUCCGGGCGGUGCCCAGAGGGAUCCCUCGCAACGCCGAACGCCUUGACCUGGACAGAAAUAAUAUCACCAGAAUCACCAAGACAGACUUUGCAGGGCUCAAGAAUCUCCGAGUUUUGCAUCUUGAAGAAAACCAGGUCAGUGUGAUAGAACGAGGGGCCUUCCAAGAUCUGAAGCAAUUGGAACGCUUGCGGUUGAACAAGAAUAAACUACAAGUCCUCCCAGAAUUGCUUUUCCAGAACACCCUGAAGUUAACCAGAUUAGAUCUGAGCGAGAACCAGAUUCAGGGAAUCCCGAGGAAGGCUUUCCGAGGCAUCACUGAUGUGAAGAACCUGCAACUGGACAACAACCAGAUCAGCUGCAUUGAAGAUGGAGCCUUCAGAGCCCUACGUGAUUUGGAGAUCCUUACCCUCAACAACAACAACAUCAGCCGCAUCCCAGUCACCAGCUUCAACCAUAUGCCAAAGAUCCGUACCCUGCGACUCCACUAUAAUCACCUGUACUGUGACUGCAGCUUGGCCUGGCUUUCUGAUUGGCUACGGCAGAGACGAUCGAUUGGCCAGUUCACCCUCUGCAUGGCUCCUGUGCACCUGAGGGGCUUCAGUGUAGCUGAUGUUCAGAAGAAAGAAUAUGUGUGCACAGGCCCUCACUCAGAGCCUCCAUCCUGCAGCGUCAAUUCAAUAUCAUGUCCAUCUGCAUGUACCUGUAGCAACAAUAUUGUGGAUUGUCGAGGAAAAGGCUUGACAGAAAUCCCACCCAACUUGCCAGAGGGCAUCGUGGAAAUACGCUUGGAACAGAACUCCAUUAAAUCCAUCCCUGCAGGAGCCUUCACACAGUACAAGAAGCUAAAAAGGAUAGACAUCAGCAAGAAUCAGAUCUCCGACAUUGCACCAGAUGCAUUCCAGGGCUUAAAAUCCCUCACCUCGCUAGUUCUAUAUGGAAACAAGAUCACCGAGAUUGCCAAGGGCUUAUUCGAUGGACUGGUGUCCCUGCAGUUGCUGCUUCUCAAUGCCAACAAGAUCAAUUGUCUGCGGGUAAAUACAUUCCAAGAUCUGCAUAACCUCCACCUGCUCUCCCUGUAUGACAAUAAACUGCAGACCAUCAGCAAAGGUCUCUUUGCACCUCUUCAGUCCAUCCAGACACUACAUUUAGCCCAAAACCCAUUUGUGUGCGACUGCCACUUGAAGUGGCUAGCUGACUACCUCCAGGAUAACCCAAUCGAGACGAGCGGGGCCCGCUGCAGCAGCCCGAGGCGCCUCGCCAACAAGCGCAUCAGCCAAAUCAAGAGCAAGAAGUUCCGCUGCUCAGGUUCUGAGGACUAUCGGAACAAGUUCAGUGGGGAUUGCUUCAUGGAUCUCGUGUGUCCCGAGAAGUGUCGCUGUGAAGGCACCAUCGUGGACUGCUCCAACCAGAAACUGGUCCGGAUCCCAAACCAUAUCCCAGAAUAUGUGACUGACCUACGCCUAAAUGACAAUGAAAUCUCUGUUCUAGAAGCCACUGGGAUCUUCAAGAAGCUGCCUAACCUGAGGAAGAUAAACCUGAGUAACAACAAGAUCAAGGAGGUGCGGGAAGGUGUCUUUGAUGGGGCAGCCAAUGUACAGGAACUGAUGCUGACAGGAAACCAGCUGGAGCUGGUGCAUGGACGAAUGUUCCGCGGGCUCACCAGCCUCAAGACAAUGAUGCUGCGGAGCAACCUAAUCAGCUGUGUAAACAAUGACACCUUUGCUGGACUGAGCUCAGUGAGGCUACUGUCCCUCUAUGACAACAGGAUCACCACCAUCACCCCAGGAGCCUUCACCACACUUGUCUCCCUGUCAACCAUAAAUUUGCUUUCCAACCCCUUCAAUUGCAACUGCCAUCUGGCAUGGCUAGGGAAGUGGUUGAGGAAGAGAAGAAUUGUCAGUGGGAAUCCUCGGUGCCAGAAGCCUUUCUUCCUCAAGGAGAUCCCCAUCCAGGAUGUGGCCAUCCAAGACUUCACCUGUGAUGGUAAUGAUGAGAGCAGCUGCCAGGUGGCCCCCCGCUGUCCUGAACAGUGUACCUGUAUGGAGACGGUGGUACGUUGCAGCAACAAAGGACUUCGGGUCCUGCCCAAAGGCAUCCCCAAGGAUGUGACCGAGCUGUACCUGGAAGGAAACCAUUUAACAACUGUACCCAAAGAGCUGUCCAACCUCAGACACCUGACAUUGAUUGACUUGAGCAAUAACAGCAUCAGUGUCCUGGCCAAUUAUACCUUCAGCAACAUGACUCAGCUCUCCACACUCAUCCUGAGCUACAACCAGCUACGGUGCAUUCCAGUCCAUGCGUUUAAUGGCCUACGGUCUCUUCGAGUAUUAACUCUUCAUGGAAAUGACAUUUCCAGUGUUCCUGAAGGCUCAUUUAAUGACCUGACUGCUCUUUCUCAUCUGGCCCUGGGAACCAACCCCCUGCACUGUGACUGCAGCCUACGCUGGCUUUCAGAGUGGGUGAAGGCAGGUUAUAAAGAACCAGGAAUUGCCCGCUGCAGCAGCCCUGAGCACAUGGCAGACAGACUCUUGCUGACAACACCCACCCAUCGCUUCCAGUGUAAAGGUGCAGUGGACAUCAGCAUCGCAGCCAAGUGUAACCCCUGCCUCUCUAGUCCAUGCAAGAACAAUGGGACAUGUAGCACAGAUCCGACGGAGGUGUAUCGCUGUUCCUGUCCUUAUGGCUAUAAGGGCCGGGAUUGCAACAUGCCCAUCAACACGUGCAUCCAGAACCCCUGCCAGCAUGGAGGGAUCUGCCACCUCAGCGAGACCAAUCCGAAUGGAUUUAGCUGUUCCUGUCCUCUGGGCUUCGAGGGGGAGCGAUGUGAGAUCAACCCAGAUGAUUGUGAAGAUAAUGAUUGUGAGAACAACUCCACCUGUUUGGAUGGAAUCAACAAUUAUGUGUGUGUGUGCCCACCCAACUAUACAGGAGAGUUAUGCGAUGAAGUCAUUGACCACUGCGUCCCCGAGAUGAGCCUGUGCCAGCACGGAGCCAAGUGUGUCUCCCUGGACAAAGGAUUCAGGUGCGAGUGUCCCCCCGGCUUUAGCGGGAAGCUCUGUGAGACCGACGACGAUGACUGUGUGGCCCACAAAUGCCGUCACGGGGCCCAGUGUGUAGAUGCAAUCAAUGGCUACACCUGCAUCUGCCCCCAGGGCUUCAGUGGGCUCUUCUGCGAGCACCCCCCACCCAUGGUGCUGCUGCAGACCAGCCCCUGUGACCAGUAUGAGUGCCAGAACGGGGCCCAGUGCAUCGUGGUGCAGCAGGAACCCACCUGUCGCUGCCUGGCCGGCUUCGCGGGGCAGAGGUGCGAGAAGCUCAUCACCGUCAACUUUGUGGGCAAGGACUCUUAUGUGGAGCUGGCCUCUGCCAAGAUCCGGCCCCAAGCCAACAUCUCCCUGCAGGUGGCCACAGACAAGGACAACGGCAUCCUUCUCUACAAAGGGGACAAUGACCCCUUGGCACUGGAGCUAUACCAAGGACAUGUGAGGCUGGUCUAUGACAGCCUGAGUUCUCCCCCCACUACAGUGUACAGUGUGGAGACUGUGAACGAUGGGCAGUUUCACAGCGUGGAGCUUGUGGUGCUGAACCAGACCUUGAACCUGGUGGUGGACAAAGGCACACCCAAGAGUUUGGGCAAACUCCACAAACAGCCGACAGUUGGCACCAAUACUCCCCUCUACAUUGGAGGAAUACCCACCAGCACCGGCCUCUCAGCCUUGCGCCAGGGCACAGACCGAACCCUAGGGGGCUUCCAUGGCUGCAUUCAUGACGUUCGCAUCAAUAACGAGCUCCAGGAUUUCAAGGCCCUGCCCCAACAGUCCCCAGGCGUCUUCCCUGGCUGCAAGUCAUGUACCAUCUGCAAGCAUGGCAUGUGCCGUUCUGUGAAGAAGGGCAGUGUGGUCUGCGAGUGCCACCCAGGCUGGACAGGGCCUCUGUGCGACCAAGAAGCUGGAGAUUCCUGCCUUGGCCACAGGUGUGUCCAUGGAAAGUGUGUGGCUUCGGGCUCCACAUACACAUGCAGGUGUGCCGAGGGCUACGUGGGAGCCUCAUGCGACCAGAGGAACGACUCAGUCAGCCCCUGCAGGGACUUCAAGUGUUUCCAUGGCCAGUGCCGCAUCUCUGAAAGGGGGCAACCCUACUGCGAGUGUGAGCCCAGCUUCAGCGGGGAGCACUGUGAACGAGAGCACCCAUGCCAGGGGGAGGUGGUUCGAGAGGUGAUCCGCCGGCAGCAGGGCUAUGCGUCAUGUGCCACAGCCUCUAAGGUGCCCCUGAUGGAAUGUCGCGGGAGCUGCGGCUCCCAGUGCUGUGUUCCCACACGCAGCAAGCGGCGGAAAUACGUCUUCCAGUGUACAGACGGCUCCUCAUUCGUGGAGGAGCUGGAGAGACAUGUGGAGUGUGGGUGUCAAAAAUGUUCCUAAUCCGUCUCCCCCAAGUCUCCACCACUGUGAGGAGGCAGAGAUUGCCAGACAUCGGCUCAAUGGGGAUGUCAAGCAUGGGACUUUGUUACUUUGAGUGAAGAGGAAGAAGAGAAAUAUUAAGUAUAUUGUAAAAUAAACAAAAAAUAGAACUUAUUUUUAUUAUGGAAAGUGACUAUUUUCAUCUUUUAUUAUAUAAAAUAUCACACCAUUUGAGUAUAUGUAUCAUAUAGUGAGUUAUUUUUACUGAGGUUUUUGUUUUGUGUUGUUGUUGUUUUUUUAACAGUUGUUUAAAAUUUUAAGAAAAUGACUAAUAAAAAAUUUUUAAAGGAUAAUAAAGAAGUCAUAGCCUACCCAAGAAGUAGGGGAAAUUUUAUGUGUUUAUACAACAGAACCAUGUCAGAAGAGACCCAGGCAAUACUGAAGUUCUGGGUGGGAACUAUAUAGGAAAACAGAAGGGGAAAAAAAAAAUCUUUCCCUUCCUUCCUUCCUUGCUUGCUUGCUUCCUUCCUUCCUUCCUGAGAACCACCUAGAUCCCAGGAGAAACCAUACUAACAGUGCUCCCUAUUCAUCUAUUAUCUAGAUAUUCUCCUGAGUUUUUUCCUGAUCUCGCCCUUUCUAUUGCUUGUAUUCUGAUUUGGUCUCAGGCCUUUCCUUCAACUCCUCACCUCAUCUAUAGAUCCCAACAUUCAAGUAGAUCCAAGAGGCAGGGUAGCUUGAUAUCCCUUUCCCACCAGAUGUAGAUUAUUCCCUGUUUCAAGCCAUAGGCCUAAUGGACACUGUCGAUCUGUACUAAUUAAAUCAAUCAACAAGCAUUUAUUAAAUGCUAUGUAUCAGGCACUGCACUAAGUAACCACUAGAGAUAAAAAGUUAGAAGAAAUUGUGGGUCAUGGGGCCUUAGAGCAUCUUUCUGAGGACUUGCUAAUCAUCCGUUCUGUUCAAGUCUCCCCAAAGAGCUCUGUGCCAGGAGGCUAGAGCCAGCCUCCUCUGUUUCACAUACUGGAGAGGAGGCAGCCUAUGUGGUUGGUAUGGUACAGAAAUACCAUAGAAUUAUAGAACUUUAUAGCUCUUUUAUUCCAACGCCUUCAUUUUACUAGAGAAAUGUCAACUAAGGAACCUGAGGGCCACAGAGGGAGAGUAACUCGCUCAUAAUCACACAGCUAGUUAGCAAAAGAACCCAGGAGCUGGAACCCAAAUUUCUAGAUGCAUGAUGCUUUUUCCUUUGCCAAUUGACAGAGUAACUAGAAAGAACAUAAAAUUCCCCUUUUUACUUACAUACACGCUCCUUUCUUUUCUCUCACAUCUGUCAAAUUUUUUCUAUCAUAGAUCCAAGAAACUACCUGAAAUGACUAGGAAAAUGCUAUCCCUGGGGUACUCAGCUAUGUUUCUAGUUUGGCUAGAUCAGCCAUGUGACAGAUCCUCUGAGAAGGUUAACAAGAGGUAUCAGGCAACUUUGGGGUUAAGCAAUUGGCCCAGAUCCCAGAUCCUGAAGCAGAUCAUCUUUAAAGGCUAUUUUUCUCUGUCUCAGUAACUAGUUCUAAUAUAAAGAAAGGGGAAAAAGAUAUCUUAUAACAAUUAUAUAAUGGUGCCAAUGCCCCAUAUGAAUUUGUGUUUUGUUUUUUAUUAAUGGACUGUCAUAUUCUGAUGUCAUUUUAAAUAAAUGCUUGGGUUACAGAGGGGCCAUCACAUGCUCUGAUGAAUACUGUGACUUAGGACCAUUUUAUAGUGUGGUUUUCUUAUUAAUCUUAUUCUUUCCUCAUCCUGGAGCUUCUGAAUUGGUUUGUUUUCUGAGGCUAAGGCUGUUCCCCCUUUGGCAACCCUGGUAUAUAAAAGAAUCAGGAGGAUAUUGAUUGCUUGGCUCCGAGACGAGGGAAUUGGGAAUUGUGGCUGGCUAUUAGGAAAGAAAGCUCAUGCCCAAAGCAAAUGAAAUAUCCAAGGAGCCUGUCUUCUUGGUCUGAGAGACUUCAUCUGCCCACCAUAGAGAUAUGCACACAGUGUGACUAGAGUAAGGAGUAGAAGAGGACAAAGGGACAUACUUAAUGAGGAGGAAGUUUGUGGUAGGAGUAGUUUGGAGAGAUGGGGAGCUGAAGAGAAAGCUAGAAGGAUAGGUUAUGGCCAGAUUCUAAAAGACCUUGAAUGCUAAGGAGUUUUUUGUUGGGGGGCUGGAGUGGGAAUGGGGGGGUAUCUGCAAUAUUUUCUUGUGCCUAAUUAAAUACAUUUUAAAUUCCCCUCUGAUCUUGGAGUGGGUGAUUCAUUAAGAUAGUUCAUUAUUCAAGCCUCGGAUAACUUUAUGGGCAGGAGGUCUUGUAUAUUCUCAUUUGUCACUGACGUCCUGCAGACUGGACCAUGCUAAAAGAUGCCCAGUGCUCACUGGCAUAAGCUCUAGGACUAGUCCAAAGUGAGCAAGGAUGUACACACAGACAGUGGCUAGCCCCCCUUCAUUGUAUUGGAAGGGAGAUUUUUGAAAAGCAUCCAUGUCCAGGGCUAGAGGGCACACAGGAAAACUCCAAGCUUCCAAAGGCUUCAGCUUAAAUUCUAAAGGUCGUUUCCCAACACCGUGGCAGAUGAUCUUAUUUUAAUUUAAUUUAGCUCUAUUCAGUAAACAUUUAUUAAAUGUCUUCUAUUUGCAGAGCACACAUUGCGGUACUAGGAGAGAUAAAAAAAUUAAAUAAAAACAUGGCUUUUGUCAUUGAGAUUAAAGAAACACAGAUAACAUGUCAAGUCCCUGAAAAAUGAAAAAGGGUUAAAUGAGUUCUAAAGGAGGGAAUUAUAACAUGAGGUUUCAUAAAGGUAGUCUGGCAUAGUGAAAAAAGAGCAGAAUUUUGAGUUGGAGGACUGGAUUUGAAUCUCAGAUCUGACACAUUAGCCAGUAUAACUUUUGGCAGUCAUCAUGAGACCCAAUUACAGGCAACUGUCAUUGAUCUGUACAGGUAAUUCCAGGCCUAGACCUUAUGAUGCUAGAAAAGGUAUUUGAGCUGGGCUACAAAAAUAGGGGAAAUUUCAAUUGGGGGAAAGAUAACAUUCUACAGUUUAGGGAGAAGCAUGAGAAAAAAAUCUAAAAGUUAGAGAAUACAAGGGGUACACAAGAGAGGAUGGGAAGAUGGCAAAUUGCCCAGUUUACAUAGAACAUUGAGGGAAUAGAGGAUAGUAUGAGAAAAGAAUGAAAAAGUACAAUGAUUGUCAAGAUGAUAGAGAGCUGGAACACCAGUUAGAGUCUAAAUUUCACUCAGUUUAAUAGGGAGCCACUGGAGAGAUUUGAACAUAGGAGUGAUAUGACCCAUUUCUAUGAAUAAGUAAGACUAAUGUCUUGCAGAGUUUUGUUUUUUUUUCUGUUGAAGCAGGACCCCUGAUCCUACUGAACCUAAAUGCCAGAAGCUGGAAAAGGACAUUAGUUAAGAGCCCUACAGACUAAUCCUAUAGGUCAAUUGUUUUCAAACUUUUUCAUUUUAGGAUCUCCUGAUAUUUUAAAAACAUCAUUAAGAACCAAAAAGAGUUUUUAUUUAUAUGGGUGGAUUUCUAUUGACAUUAACUAUAUCAGAAAUUAAAACUGAUCAUUUUAGAAAAUAU